AUGGCUACAGGUUCCCCAUUGUCCUGGGUUCUUUGAACACAAGAGUUUCUGGAAAGUAUCUUACGGAAUGGUGAAUUCUAACAUUUACUACUACACGAGAGUAAUGUCCCAGCUCUUUCUCGAUACACCAGUAUCAAAGAUGGAGAAAACCAAUUUCAGAUCUUUGUCUACUAUGGAAGACUUCUGGAAGUUCACUGAGGGGCCGUUGUUGGAUGGACUGUACUGGGAGAUGUGGUACAAUAAUAAAACAGUGGCAGAAAACAGAAGUUUCAUCUACCACGAGAAUCUACUUUUAGGAGUGCCUCGUAUCCGGCAGCUGAAAGUGAGGAAUGCCUCAUGUUCGAUACCUGAAGAUUUAAAAGAUGAAAUAAAAGACUGUUAUGAUGUUUACUCAGUGACUAAUGAGGACACUGCUCCAUUUGGGCUCCGGAAUGGAACAGCAUGGACGUACAGCAGUGAAAAAGACUUGAAUGGGAGCAGCCACUGGGGGUUGAUCGCCACAUACAGUGGAGCUGGCUAUUACCAGGAGCUCUCAAAAAGCAAAGAAGACACCUCUGCCUUGAUUGCUGUCCUUAAGAACAACUUGUGGCUUGACAGAGGCACAAGGGCAGUAUUUAUCGACUUUUCCGUCUACAAUGCAAAUAUCAAUCUAUUCUUCAUUGUCAGGUUAUUGGUGGAAUUCCCACCCACCGGAGGCCUCCUGACAUCCUGGCAAUUCCAGCCAGUGAAGUUAAUCCACUACAUUACCACUUUUGACUUUUUCUUGGCUGCUUGUGAACUUGUUUUUUGCCUCUUUAUUAUUUAUUAUGUGGUGGAAGAAAUCCUGGAAAUUCACAUUCACAGGUUGUUCUAUUUUAGGAGUCUUUGGAACUGUCUCGAUGUUCUCAUUAUCACGCUAUCAUUGGCAGCUAUUGGAUUGAAUAUCUAUCAAAUAUCUACUGUGAAUAAGCUAGUGAAGAAACUGCUGGAAGAUCAAAAUAGCUUCCCCAAUUUUGAACCUUUAGCAUACUGGCAAACCCAGUUCAAUAAUGUUGCAGCUGUUACCAUGUUUUUCGUCUGGAUAAAGNUUUUUUCUUUUGAAAAACUUUUCAAAUUUAUCAGCUUCAAUCGAACCAUGAACCAGUUGUCAACAACCAUGUCAAGAUGUGCCAAAGAUAUUCUUGGCUUUGCAAUUAUGUUUUUCAUCAUCUUCUUAGCCUAUGCUCAGCUAGCUUAUCUUGUGUUUGGGACACAAGUUAAUGACUUCAGUACCUUCCAGGAUAGUGUGUAAGUAGAAUGAACACUUUUUGUUUAUAUGUUAUAAUUUAGAUUUCUAAAGCUGUCCAACUCAACAAUUUUGCUUGCAUUUUUGUUUUUUUUAAAAAAAUAUUUCUAAAAUGCUUUUCUUAAACAGAACAUGUUUUUGGCCAUCAUCAACGACACAUAUUCAGAAGUCAAAACUGAUAUGAUACAGCAGAAGUCGGAAAUGGAACUUUCAGAUCUUAUUAAAAAGGGAUACACCAAAGCCAUGGUGAAAUUAAAAUUGAAAAAAACACCAGUCGAUGACAUUUCAGAGAGUCUGCGCCAAUGUGGAGGCAAAUUAAAUUUUGAUGAACUGCGGCAAAACCUAAAGGGAAAGGGACGUACUGAUGCUGAGAUUGAAGCCAUCUUUACAAAGUAUGACCAAGAUGGAGAUCAAGAAUUGACUGAGUUGGAGCAUCAGCAAAUGAGAGAUGAUUUAGAGAAAGAGAGGGAGGACUUAGAGCUAGACAGAAGUUCUCUAAACCGUCCACUCAGUGGCCGUAGCUUUCCACGAAGCCUUGAUGAUUCGGAAGAGGACGAUGACGACGAUAGUGGACACAGCUCCAGAAGAAGAGGCAGCAGCUCAAGUGGCGUUUCAUAUGAAGAGUUCCAAGUCUUGGUCCGUCGAGUGGAUCGCAUGGAACAUUCCAUAGGCAGCAUUGUAUCUAAGAUUGAUGCUGUCAUAGUCAAGCUGGAAACUAUGGAGAGAGUUAAACUGAAGAGGAAAGAGGUGCUGGGCAGACUACUCGAUGGAGUUGCAGAGGAUGAAAGGCUGGGUUGUGACAAUGACGCGCGCAGAGAUCAGAUGGAGAGACUGGUACGAGAAGAACUGGAACACUGGGAAUCGGAUGAUGCUGCAUCCCAAGUAAGCCAUCGAAUGGGAACCCCGGUGGGAUUCAACAGCCACGGACGGACCAGGAAUCCCCGCCCUUCUUCCUCACAGUCCACAGAAGGCAUUGAUGGAGGAGGAGGAGGAGGAGGAGGAGGAGGAGGAGGCAAUAGAGGGAGCAACAUCCACGUCUAG